UUGAGAAUUGUCAUACUCAAUUGGUACAACUUAAUUAAUGCUUCGUGCAUAUAUUGACAUACUCAAUUGGUACAACUUGAUUGAUGGAUUGAUGCUUCACGCAUAUAUUCUCAUACUCAAUUGUUACAAUUUGAUCAACGUUUCAUGCAUACAUUCUCAUACACAAUUGGUACAACUUGAUCAAUGCUUCGUGUAUAUAUGUAUGCAUGUAUAUAUGUGUAUUAGCACUAGAGGUGAUCAUAUGGUUGAUUUAGUUAGUAAAUAUUUGAACCAAUCUCAAACCAACACCAAUCGACUUUAGUCCGCCGACUUGGUUUUUCAGCCCAUCAUAUUUAUUCCUAAUCCACACACAUGUAGAUAACUCAUGAAGAACCACAACAAUCAGCAGAGAGAUCGAAAAAAGUUUAUGGGUGAGCAAAAUUUAGGAAGGAGUUCUCUCUUUUGAUUAGAAGGGUGUUGGGUAUGAAAAGGGUUAAUUUAGAACAGAAAUAGCGAUGUCUAUGGGGAACCAAACAAAAGGAAGACAUGGUCAAGAUAAAUCUUAAAUUUCAAAAUCUAAUUAAUUGACCAAAUAUAGAACAACAUUAAAAGGCAUCAAAAUCCAUAACUCUCUUACGUGAACCAAAUUAACCUUACCAAUUACAAGGCUAAGUCAGACAAGACAAGAGCCUUUAGGAGAGAAUUUGAGAUAUCCAAAACAAAAAAAAAAAAACAAAAUCAAAAAACAAAAAACAAAGAAAGCAUUUCUCACAACUCAAAACUCUCCUUCCUCUGAUCUCAAGAAAAAUACCCAAAAAAACAGAAAAAGAAAAGAAAAAACAAAAACAAAAACUUCUCUUUCAUUUGAGGGCAUCAAAUCAGACACUAUGGCAAAUUCAUCAUCAGGAAUGGCGGUUCAUGAUGAGUGCAAGCUCAAGUUUUUGGAUCUGAAGGCCAAAAGAAAAUAUAGAUUCAUAGUGUUCAAGAUUGAGGAGAAGAUGCAGCAGGUGACCGUCGACAAGGUCGGUGGCCCCGAUGAAACCUAUGAUGAUUUCACUGCUUCCAUCCCCGCCAAUGAGUGUCGUUAUGCUGUCUAUGAUUACAACUUUACAACCAAUGAGAAUUGUCAGAAGAGCAAGAUUUACUUCAUUGCCUGGUCACCAGACUCAUCGAGAAUAAGAAGUAAAAUGUUGUAUGCAAGUUCGAAGGAUAGAUUCAAGAGAGAGUUGGAUGGAAUUCAAGUCGAAUUACAAGCCACAGAUCCAAGUGAGAUGAGCUUUGACAUCAUUAAAUCAAGAGCUCUCUAAAUCCAAAUCCAAAUCCAAACAAACAAACAAAAAAUGAAAAUAAAACAAUAUACUUUCUCAUUUCUACCCAAACACUUCUUUUAUUUAUUUUCUUUUCACCCCUUGUGUUAAAUUAUUUUAUUUUGUUACCCCCUCUUUUUAUUUGUCUAAAUUUACACUUUUGUGUAGUUUUUCUACGGAUUGCUAUAUGCAAUUCAUGAGGUUUGAAGUGUAUGCUUUUAUGCAUCCCGACUAAUCUCACGAGACAACUCAUCUGACCCUACAAUGUUUGAGUGUCGGAAGAAAGAAUAAUUUCUUUCUAAUCAAAGUUGUAGAGUGUCAUUAAUUACUAUAGUUUUUGUACUUUUUCGUUUUCAUUGUGAAUCUUUUGAAUUUACAUAAAUUACUUUAACGAAGAGUUUGUAAUGGUAUAUAUAUACAAAUGUUAAAUUAUUGCA